CGCCCCGCACCGCCUGCUCCUCCCCCGCCUCGCCGCCGCCGCGGCGCGCGCCUUCUCCGGUCGCGCCCACCCGCCUGCGCCGUCUGCCCACGCCGCCGCGGCGCCCACCUCCACCCCGCAGGCCUUCCACGCGCACCUCGCGUCGCUCGCCGCGCCCUCCCGUGCCGGCCACCCCGCCACGCUCCCUUCCCUCCUUGCCGCGCUCGCCCGCGCCCGCGCCGCGCGGCUGCCGCUCCUCCCGGCCACCCACGCACUCGCUGCCUCGGCGUUCCUCCGCCACGGCCGCCUCCCGGACGCCCUCGCGCACUUUGGCCUCCUCCCGGACUCAGUCGCGCUCCCGGCGCCGCUAUGCAACUCCCUGCUCGCCGCGCUCGCGUCGUCAGGAUCACUCGCUGCCGCGCGCAAGGUGUUCGACAGAAUGCUAGCGAGGGCCGCCGAGCUGGACACGGUCGGGUUCGGGGUGUUUGUCAAGAAUGUGGGCAGGAGGGACGGGUUCGACGAGGCCCUGCGGCUGGUGGAGACGGUGCACCAUCGGGGGGACUGGAUCAACAAGUCUGUUGUUGCAGCGAUGGUUGUAGAUGGUUUGUGUCGGGAGGGAAGGAUUGAGGAUGCUUGGCGGGCCUUGGAAGAUAUGAGGUUACGUGGAUGGAAACCGGAUUUCAUAGCUUACAGGAUUGUGUCUGAGAGGUAUAGGGAAGCAGGGAGGGUAGAGGAGGAAGGGAAAAUCUUGAAACAGAAGAGGAAGCUCGGUGUUGCGCCGAGGAAGGUGGACUAUAGAGAGUUUUUGCUUGCAUUGCUGUCUGACAGGCAGAUUUCUGAGGCAAAGGAGAUGGGUGAGGCGAUUGUAUUAGGCGAUUUCCCAAUUGAUGAUGAUGUGUUGAAUGUUUUGAUUUGUUCAGUUUCUGAGAUUGAUGCUGAUGCUGCCAUUAUGUUCUGCAAGUUCAUGAUAGAAAAGGACAGAUUGCCAAGCACUGAGAUGCUUGUUCAGCUUUGCGAGAACCUUUGCAAGAAUAGGAAGGGCGAUGAGAUGUGGGAAAUUUUUAGGGUGCUUUUGGAUAGGGGCUAUUGCACGAGCGAGCGUGAGUACCAUUUGGUGGUGUCAUUUUUGGGCAAGGCAGGGAAGGUGAGAGAGGCAUAUAGUGUGCUGAAGGAGAUAAAAGGAAAGAGGCUAGAUCCUGGCAUUUCAUCAUACAAUUCUCUCAUGGUAGCACUUUGUAGAAAUGACCUUCUUAGGCCUGCUAAGAAGUUGUGGGAUGAGAUGUUCACUAGUGGGUGCAGUCCAAAUCUGCAGACUUACAAUAUACUUAUAACAAAAUUUGCAGAAAUUGGCGAAAGUCAAGAAGUGCAGCAGCUGUUUGAUCACAUGCUCCUGAAAGGAGUGGCCCCAGAUGGUGCAACAUACACAUCAGUCAUCACUGUGAUGUGCCAAGAAAAAAAAUAUAAACAGGCUGAGGAGAUUUUUAACAAAUCUGUGGUGCAGGAUCCCGAACUAGCUAGUUCAGUGUUAACUGUGUUUAUCCUUGCACUCUGUAAACAAGGUAGCUUCAAAACAGCAUUGAGUGUUAUGUCCGGUGUUCCCUCCAAUAUUGAGAGCUCGAAUUCACAUGUCAUUUUGUUGAAGUGCCUAACAGAUGUUGAGGAAAUAGAAAUGGCAUUUGAACACAUAAAAUGGAUUAUGGGACACUGCAGCUCUACAUUUCAUAGUAUAAUGAACGAGCUCAUGGCUUCUCUUUCCACUUCGGCUAGUCUGCAGCCUGUCACAAAGUUGGUUCAUUAUUUGCAUUCUCAGGGGCUUGCUGAUGAAGUUGGCCCAUGGAUGAAGUUGGUAGAGGAUGUUUAUACUUGAACCACAGUUUCGAUGGUUAAGAUAUGAUAUCAGGUGCAUUUACCUGGUGCAAAGUCGAAUUGGUACCAAGAUGUUUUCCAUUUGCCAAGCAGGCCACAAGUGAUUAAUUAUUGGAGAUUACGUUUCAGGCAUAACUUCAGAAAGCAAGUUUCCCUGUGAAGCAUUGAGUUAUCAACAGUUCAAAAAUGUCUGGAGAUUUGUUAAAAGGUCUGGCUGGUGGUGAUCUAUUCCAAGUACCUUAUAACUCUUUAAGUUUCUUCUGGUUGCAGGUCCUGUGCUGCUGUUCUAUCUGUAUCUCAUAUGGCAAGUUUUUUUUAGGUAAGCUGUGGGCUGUGGCAGGCAUUAGCCAGCAUGAACCAUCUCAAUUAAAUGGAAGAAUUGUGAUACAACGAGUAAAAUGACAGCAAGUGCAAAACAAAUAGAAGAAGGGAAAAACUAAGGACCCACGAAGCCAACUGUUCAGAAGGCGUAGCAGAGCAUGCAACAGCAAGAGCAAUGCACAAGAGAAUCUGUGUGCCAAUGCAGUCGAGGGGCAGUGAUUAACUGACCUAUGUGGAGUAUAUCGUGACGGUGAUUCUGCCCCUAUAAUGGAUGGGACUGAGUUAUCUGUUGGGUUCGUGGGUUUGUAUGCUGGCCAGAUCCAUUCUGUUAUGGAGGGUCAAAGCAAUUUGUGUUCAUCCCAUCUUCUCCUCGGAGACUUGUGCCUGGGUGGCAUUCACAAUGGCGUCCUACGUGGUAUCAAAGGUCCCUGUUGUGGUUUCAGCUUGGUUUAUCAUGAAAACAAAGGGAUUGCACUUCACUCCAUUUCCAAACAGUCCAUUUUCAUCACAUCUGUUGUAUUCUGGCCGUCAUGCUUCUGAUGUAUCAUUUUGUAUACUUCUUUAAACAAAUUUGUAUCCUUGUAUCGAUAUGAAUGGAUGAAUCUACAGUUAAAAUAUAUUUUUGGACAAA